GAAGCCUCUUCCAGAACAUUUGCCCAACAGCCUCAAGGCUGCAGCGAGGAUUCGAUGGGUAACAUCGCCCCAUGGUCCAGUGCCCAGCCGCUAACCGGUCACGGCCGAGAAAAUAGGAGCUGGAGACGACAUUAAACAGUGCUCAGGCUGUGGAAUUUACUCGGUGCAGACUUGCACAAGUUUGUCGCUGGGGUUUUCAUCAGCGGGGCCAAACAUCCCUACACCAGCACGCUGGUCACGUGCCCUGUCGUACUAUGGGGGCAUAAGUCACAAGUCGAAACGGAAUCCAUCAUCAUCCCAUGAAUGGAAGAGGUUAGGGUGAACACCUUUGUCUCUUCUCUCGCAGUCUCCUAUUACUGAGCUUCCACCUACAGGUAUCAUCGUCAGUACAAGGAACAAAGAAAGAUGUGCAGAUUUCUCAUUUUCAAAGGCAAGGAACCUAUACUUUUGUCAUCCUUACUCACAAGACCGGCCCAUUCCAUCAUCAAUCAAUCUUUCGACAGUAGGCUACGAUUAGAUAAAAGAAGGCCGAUCAACGGUGAUGGGUUCGGUGUCGGCUACUACUCCCUUGACCCCGAACUUGAGUGUGGUGGUCCUUGUAUAUUCAAAGCCAUAACACCAGCAUGGAACAACAUGAAUUUGGAAACAUUGGCAGAAAAGACCAAAUCGAACCUGGUAUUUGCCCAUGUCAGGGCAUCGACGUACGGGGUCCUAUCCGAGACAAACUGUCACCCAUUUACGUUCCAUUCGUUGAUGUUUAUGCACAAUGGCGGCAUCUCAAACUUCAACCUCGUGAAGAGAACGCUCAUAAACCACAUCAAAGAUGAAUAUUUCCUAUUGUUACAAGGAUCCACUGAUAGUGAAUGCUGCUUUGCAUUAUUCUUGGACACCUUGGAUAAGAUGGGAUACGAUACCACGCAGAGCAAUUUCAAAGCAGACGUUCUCAGAGAGGCCCUGUUGAAGACAAUAGACUUGAUAAGGGAAUGGACAAAGGACACCGCAGAACCUUCACUUUUGAACUUUGCCGUCACAGACGGCGAUAGUGUUGUCGUAUCGAGAUAUAUCACAUCAAAGACUGAAGAAGCUGCAUCCUUACACUUUAGCUGUGGAAGUAGCUUUGUGGAAUAUGAACCAAACCAGUUUCGGAUGGAGAGAAUAGACCGCAGUCAAAACGUCAUCAUGGUUGCCUCCGAGCCUUUAACAUUCGAAAGAGGAGACUGGAUCGCAGUACCAACCAAUACAGUCUUGACGAUUAAAAAGCAAACCGUGUUGCUUCACCCAAUAAGGGACGAAUACUACCAAGCGGACCCGCUAUUUACACGUUCAUCUUCCUUCGCAGAGUCUAAGGGUCUCAUGGGCAGCGUUCCAGUGGCAGAAGCACCAGAUAUAGACGUUCCGCCUCUGGAAAGAGAAGGUCGUUCAAGACCAGUUGCUGUAUAGAAUUAAACAAAUUGCAUUACGU